UGACUGAGCAGUGAGUGACGUGUGCGCUGUCUUUCUGGGACUAUACCUGCUGCUGGACUGUGCGUAUGCACUGUUAUACGUGGAGCUAGGAUAUCCUCUCUGCAUCCAAGAUUCACCCAAAGGACCAUUGAGUCAAAACAUAUAUGGCAUCCUCAGAUGACCUCAAAUUUGCAGAGUUCGAUGAUGCAGCAAGUUUGCUUGCUGCCAACCCAGAUGCAACCACAGUGAGUUUUGGAGAAACGGAGAGCAGAUCAAAGGGUCAUAGGGGAAACAGAUCUCAGGAAGAUGAUCAUUUAAUGUCUGGUGAAGUCUCUGAUAAAACAGAGCUACUUGGGGGCCAGAAGAAGCAAGCCCCUUUUUGGACAUUUGACUACUAUCAGACAUUCUUUGACAUUGAUACUUUGCAGGUCCUUGAUAGGAUUAAAGGUUCAGUAUUACCAAUGCCAGGAAGAAAUUUUAUAAGGCUGUAUGUGCGAAGCAAUCCAGACUUGUAUGGCCCAUUUUGGAUCUGUGCUACACUGAUUUUCACCAUAACUAUAAGCGGGAAUCUAUCCAACUUUCUUCUUCACCAGGGCAAGCCAAAGUAUCACUAUGUACCAGAAUUUAGGAAAGUAUCAAUUGCUGCCACUGCAAUUUAUGCCUACACCUGGUUGGUACCUCUGGCUCUCUGGGGAUUCUUAACAUGGAGACAAAGUAAAGUGAUGAGCAUGGUGUCCUACUCUUUCCUGGAGAUUGUGUGUGUUUAUGGAUACUCGCUUUUCAUCUAUAUCCCAACAUCUAUUAUGUGGAUUAUCCAUGCUGAGAUGUUGCGCUGGGUACUUAUGGCUCUUGCAAUGAGCCUAUCUGGGGCAGUCCUUAUACUAACUUUUUGGCCUGCUGUGCGUGAAGAGAACCGCAAGAUUGCUGUCACCACCCUUGUGGUCAUCAUGCUUCUCCAUGCCUUGUUGGCAGUUGGCUUUGUGGAGUAUUUCUUUGACCCUCCAGAGGAGAACUAUGCAACCCACACUAGGGACUCUAUUAAUGCAACAAGAGGAAUCGUGCAGACCCACUAGGCCAUGAAUAAAGAAGGGUAUUGACCAGACCUUUGACUGUUCUGCACCUCAGAAUCCCAGUCCUGACAUCAGCAAGUGUUUUUGUCUUUGAAUGCAUUUUUUUGUUUGCCUCCCUUGGCGCCCUUGGGCAUGUGAAGUUUUUCAAGUCUGUGGACUGAGCAAGCUCCAGAAGUAUAGCAGAUGUUGCAGUCUGCAAUGAUGAAUGACAAGCAGCUGGAAGUGGACUACAGAGAACUUAGCUGAUACUCAGACGCCAAAAGAAAUGAGCCAGUACUGCUCUUAAAUGUAGUGGUUCAGAAGGGGCUUGGGUACACAGUAAGUGGACAAAAUAUUGGUGUUUUUGGUUAUUUUCCAUGUAUCUGUUUCAAUCAUGGGCCAAAAAUGAGCUCUGGGAAGUGAAAUGCUAUUUAUUUCUAGGCUGUGAUCUGUUGAUUUCAUAGUUGUUGUCUCAAGUCUAAGGCUAAUGCUACAUGGGAACUGAUUCUCUGCCUGUGGAUAAAUGCAGGCUGGGAAACAAUCAGCCUACACUCCAAGUAGCUUUCAGGUGUGCCUGCACCCAGGCCAACACAACAGCUUGUGAUGCAGGUACAUUCAAAAGAGGAUCUGCUGAAAACAAUGUUUUACUUCUUAGUAAACUAAAGUGGGGCAUUUUAUAUUGUUUGGUCCAGAUAUUAAACAUUAAUUGCACUAAAACACUAAUUAUAUAACAUUUUGAGCUACAAGCAAGGUCAUCUGCUAGUCCUUUCUUGCACAAAGCACUAAUUACUGCCACUCCCAUAUGUCUUCUUUAAAUUACUAUAUAUUUAAGGCAGAGUCACACAAAAGAUUGUGUGUAAUUAAAUUAGAACCAUUCGACCCUGUUAGGCAAAGUAGAUAAAUCUCUCAUAAUUAUUUAUUCCAUUACGUCUAUGCACUUGCUUUUUUUACAGUAUACCACUACAAGGGCUUUGCCUCGGCAGUGACUUUAAAGGACAUGUAAACCCUACAUUUUCCAUGUUCACUGAUUACACUUUUUUGGAGUGUUUAAGUCUUUUAAGCAUUUCACAGUCUCAUUACAAUGUAUAAAGUUAUGCAUAAACUUAUCUGUAGCACGGUACAAUUAUUGUCCCAUAAUCACUUGUGUGGCUUUGCUUAUGGGGUAACCAAAUUUAUGAGGUACUCUUAAAAAAUGUAUUUGGUACUAGUUUGCUGUGCAUCUUGAUAGCUGCACUUUUACUAGUGAUCUGUUAAACUUAAAGCAUGUUGAUCAUAUCUAUACUUUCCACAUUAAGAUAUCUUGCUCUACUCUUUGGAUGUUCACUGAUAUCAGAUAUCAUUGUAUAAAUAUUGUUGUAACCUGUACCAACCAGUCACUUUUCUCUGCCAACUUCAGUUAUGCCAAUGAAAACAAAAUGUUUUUUGGUUGGGAUGGGUACUCUUAAGUACAUAUUCAUGAAGAUUAUUACAUCUCACCCUACAUUUAAAUGCUAUAGAACUUUCUCCUUCAUCAGCUGUCUCAGCCCAUAUAUGAAUCACAUUCUCUGUAUGUGAUCAUUAACAAAUGCCUUGAAUAAACUAAGUGGAGAUGUCAAU